UCUCCCGGCGUAUAUUCAAUCAAUUAGCAAAAGCAGUUCAUUAUUGUCAUUCGAAACGGGUCGUCCAUGGAGACCUCAAGCUGGAGAAUAUCCUCAUGGAUGAGCACAACUGCUGCAAGAUAGUCGACUUCGGCCUAGCCGUAAGCUUUCAGCCCGAGCCAC